AUGAGUCUUGGAAAACUAGUGCAUUAUGGCGUUGACCUAGUCCUUAUUUCAAUCGUCCUCGCAGGGGUUCACCGAAACACCGGUUUACAAUUUGACGUGCUGCAUUUCAGCUCUAUCGAUGUACGUCGCUGGUUCGGGAAUUACCUCAGCUUUGGUGAAACUUGCUACGACAAACUUGUUUCGGUGUUGAGAAUUUCCGGUUAUUUCAAACAACGCAAUUUGGUGUUGGAUAAUUUACGAAACGCUGGUGCUCAGUAUUUGAAAGAACAAACGGGGAGAGAUAUCAGGGAUUACAAGAGAGAAAUUGAUUAG